AUGUUAGCUACGCAGAGCCAGGUCAUUGAACCGACCCCAGUUACAACACCUAUUCUCCUUGAUACCGACGUAUGCCAUUCCCCCGGAAAUGCAGCGCAUCAGCCCCCUUUGGAUGUGCCUGCAGCUUUGUUAAUUGCCCCCAGUCAUGCCUCCGGGUCUGUUCAUCCAUGGGGUACAGCAAUGCACGCCGGUGCGUUGGUGGGGUUUGGUCCCAACGUAGCCUUUGCGGCUCCAGAAGCACCGGCGUUUGUCCAGCCUGCGUUUCCGCAAUACGGGUAUCAACCAGGUUUUCAGCCUGGAUAUCUGUAUGGACAACCCGGCAGGAACGGAGGCACUCAAGCGCAUAUUCCAAUCGACCCUACUCUUCAAGGUGAGACAAUUGGUCGCUUCCGCCGCGCUGCCACGCAACACGGCCAGACUGCGCAGCCAAAUAUGCCCGGGCCAAGUCAGCCAUCAAAAACCAGACUCCAAGCAGCCAAAGCACGCAAAUCAAGAAUGGCAAGCAAUAGCGGCAACGGCAACGGGGAUGGUAAUCCUGGGCUUGAUCCAUUGCGACCUCCUCGGAAGCGUCGCACCCAACAAGUCAAGCAAGUCAAAGUUGUUCUCCAAGGUGCGUAA